ACACUCACGUAUCCACGCCUGAAUUUGAAAGACAAUACACUAGAUGAGAAUCUGCCUCCGGCGCGUCUCUUCGGGCACGCGUUCGACGUGAAUGAACCCGAGGUAGACCUUGGCUCACUCAACUUGCUUCCCCUUGAGCUUCUCUACUCUGUCAUGGCUUCGCUGGACCUGUGCUCCAUCUCCACCCUCAGAAUGGUCAAUCGGCAAAGCUUGAUGACAGUGGACACUUUUCCCCCGUUCAAGUGCAUCAUCAAGCACGCACAUCCUGCGCUUCACGGUGCUCUGAUGAUCCACUCAGCAAAGUGGAUUACCUGUGAAAAGCUCUUCAAAAUCAUCUGCACGUCCGAGUGCGAAAGUUGUGGAGAUUUUGCAGGAUACGUAUAUCUCAUCACAUGCAAGCGAGUUUGUUUCCUCUGCCUCUCACAGGACGACAAGUAUCUCCCGUACACUUUUACGGGGCGGAAGUCCAGGGCUUUUUCGAGGAUACUGGACAUAUUACCUCACAUGAGAAGUAUCUCGGGAAUAUACUCACCCAACGAGAAACAAGAAAGUCGUCAGCUGUGCCUCUGGGAUCGGGAGAGUGUGCAACAGUGUGGCGACCUUGAAGUGAUGAAAAGAGUUGGCAGAGUCGCAAGCAAGGCUUUCGACGGUAAAUCUGGCAACAAGUUACGGUUCAUGGCUAUUGUCGAGGCACCGGUCCUAGAUCAUCAGACUGGGAAGACGGAGAGCGGAGUUUAUUGUUCUGGUUGCAGAGACUCAACUGGCCAACGAUCUCAACACUUCAGACGAAGAUACUCGUCAAAAACCUUCGUUCUACAUAUAAAAGAGUGUGGUUCCAUAACAGGAGGAAAGCACCAA